AUGAGAUUACAAUUGGAGUACGUGCAUCUUGUGCACCGGCAUGGAGAGAGAACGCCCCUUAUGUUUGGGCCGCAUGACAACACAAAGUGGAACAUGUGCCACCGCGUGUCAAAAAUAGACUACACAAUCCCCAAGAAAAACCCAACGCUAAUGGACAGGGUGAGGAGCCUCCUGAGCUACGUGCACAUAGGAGAGGCCAAGCCUCUGCAUUUUAGGAUCACGCAGGACUCGGGGAGAGACUUCAACUGUGCGCCGGGGCAGCUGACAGACGUUGGGCGCGCGAACCUUUUUGGCCUUGGAGAGUGGUUCCGGCAAAAGUACAUUCUGAAGGAGGGGCUGAUCAAGCCGUCCUUUGACAAGAGCCAGUUCCACUUGAGGUCCACAAACUUCCAAAGGACUCUGGAAAGCCUGCAGUCUUUGAUGCAGGGCAUGUUCAAAAGCUACUCCAGCACGAUGGACGUGAAGGUGGUUGACAUAACACAGGACACGCUCACCAUAAACAGAUACUGCCCAAAGCUCAAGGCGCUGAAAGACAUUUCGCACACAAAGGUCAAAAAGGCCUUUGAGCCAGAGGCAAAAAAAAUACAGAAGUACUUCACAGACAAGCACUCCUCGCUCUUUGCCUCGCUCAGCCCGUACGCGAUAUACGACCUUGUGGCCAGCGCCAACGCGCACGGCUUCUCGCACUUUUCGCGGGUCCCGAAGGCCAUAAUGCACGCUCUGGAGAAGUACUCCAUCCAGCUGUGGUUCAACCACCUGAACGACCGGGAGGCGCUUUCUCUGAACACGGGGGGGCUGAUGAAGGAAAUUUCGGACCAGAUGAUUGCAAAGGCGCUGGACCCAGAGAGCCCGCUGAAGGCGUCUGUGUUUUCGGCGCACGACGUGACGGUGUACCCUGUCCUGAUGGCAACUGGGAAUGCGCCAGAGGCAUGGCCCAAGUUUGGGGCCAACCUGGUUUUUGAGCUGCUUAAAGACAAGGACACGCAGGAAAGGUAUGUGCAGAUGCGGUACAACGGAAAGAAGACGCCCAUGCCUGGCUGCCGCCCUAUCAAGGUGGGGAGCGGGCAGUACUGCCCGCUUGACAACUUCGUCAAAAUGUGCAAUGAAACAUACGCUGAAAAUUUUUCGGAGUUUUGCACGAAGGAAUAG